AUUUAAAAUAAAGAAAGAGAAUGACAGAUUUAAAUAUUCAGUUCCCAGCUGAUUCUAAAUUUACACAAUCAGAUAAAAAAAAUAUUGAACAAUAUUUUUUAAAUAAAAAUAUUAAAAAUAAAAAUAUCUUAUUUAGUGGAAUAUAUACAGAUUUAAAAAAGAAAAAAGUUUGGGAUAUAGGUUCAAAACAACAACAAGAAGAAGAUAAAAUAUUAAUAAUAUCAUCAUAUAGAUUCCAUGUAUUUUCAUCAGCUACAGGUGGUAAAUUGGUAUUCGAUGCACAUAUUUUAGAGUUAUUAGAUUAUCAAAUUGCCGAUAAUGAAAGUGAAGCAGUUUUAAAGUUUAAUAAUCAAAAUAUUAUUGGUUUUAAUAAUUCAGAAAAAGUUGGUGAACUUUCAGUUGCAAUUAAAAAAAUGUUUUCAUUAAAUUUCCCAGGUAUGCAACAAAAAGGUCAACAACAACAACAACAACAAGAGCAACAGGUUAGUCAAUGCGGUGGCUUUUCACGUUCAUAUCGUUGUUGUUCAGAUUUUUAUGGUAUUCAAGUUAGAGAAGAUAUAUGUUGGGAAAUUGAUAACCUAUUCGAAGCAAAUAAUAUUAAAGAUUUAAAUUUAAGUGAUUGGCCAGAACCACCAACUCCAUCUCAAGGUCGUGCAAUGAUUGAUGCUUUAAAGUAUAAUCAAUGGUUUGAAUCGAUUACCGUGUUCAAUAAUCCAUCAUCAUGUAAAAUUGGUAAUGAUGGUAUUCAUUCGAUUACUCGUGUUUUAGAGACCAAUAAAAAGAUUUCAAAGAUUACUCUUCAAAAUAUUAAUGCACGUGAAUCUUGGAUAACUCCAGAAACUUGGAUGUCUUUAGCUUUCAGUAACUAUCUCCAUACAGUCGAUUUAUCAAACAACUCAAUUGAAGAUCGUGGUGUUCAAUUCCUUUGUAACGAUUGGCUUUCAAGUGUUAGUCACGAAAUUCAUUCGAUCAAUCUCUCUAAAUGUGGUAUUGGUAAACAAGGUCUUUCAAACUUAUUUAAAACUUUUAAACAAAAUAAAUGGAUCAGUAAAAAUAUUAAAUUCCUUUCGAUCUCUGGUAAUCGUUUAGAAGAAGCUGCCGCUGAUAUGGUUACAUUUUUAGCCGAUGCUCCAUCUCUUCGUCAAUUCGAAAUGGCCAACUGUCUCCCAACAUGGUCUUCUUUAAAACCAUCAAAUUCAAUUCAAAGAUCAAAAGAAACUAGAAUUAUAUCGAAAUUAGAUCUUUCUGGCAAUCGUUUAAAUUUAGCACCAGGUGGUAGUUUAGCAAAUAAACAAAUAUCUGAACAGAAUGCUAAUGAUCUCUCAGCUUUCCUCCAAUUAAUCGCACCAAAUCUUGCUGAUAUUAAUCUUUCAUCCACUUUUCCACACUCCAAUUCAAUCUAUACAAUUCUUUCAUCGAUUUCAAAUCUCAUUCGUCUUGAUCUCUCAGAUAAUGAGUUAGAAGAGGAGGGUAUUGUUACAUUGGUUGAAGUACUUUGCCAUACCACACUUCCAAAACUUAAACAUCUUUAUAUCAAUCGUAAUUUCACCAUUAGCUCACCAACUGAUAUUAUUUCAAAAACACUUCAACAAACAUUAUCACUUAGCAGAGUAACAUCCAAGAUCACUGGUAAUGAUACAACUAGUAGCAGUUCAGGUUCAUCAAAAGAGUCAAUUGCUAAUGCCGUCAGAUCACUUGUUAAACUUAUUUCACCAGCUUCAUUUGCAUUAUGCCCAAUUGAAACUCUUCAUAUUGCAGGUUGUAAUAAUGGUCGUCUCAAAUCUGAAAUUAUCCCAUUGGCUCAAGCAUUAUUAAAGAACGAUACCAUCACUGAAAUCGAUAUUAGUGGACACCAUGCUGGUGAUGAUUUAGCAAUUGCUUUAGGUCGUGUUAUUCAAGUAAAUAAAACCAUUAAAACUUUAUAUUGGGACGAAAAUCUUACAACUGUAGUAGGUUUAGAAUACUUUUCAAUUGGUUUCAAAAGAAAUCAAUCUAUUCAACAUAUGCCUUUAUUAGUUUUAGAUAUUGCAGAGUUCUUAAAGCAACCAGAAAAUUCACCAUCAAUGCAAAUGAUUAAAGAACGUUUAAAACUUGUAGAUACCACAACAACAGUUCAACAAAGGGUUACCCAAUUAGCUUCUGAUAUCCAAUCACAAAUUAUAAAUAAUAAUUUAAGAAAAAUGAAGGAUGCUAUUAAUAAGGCAGUAACAAGAAAACGUAAUGAGGCGGCAAUUUCUAGUACAAUGAAUUCACCACAACCAAAAUUACAACAACAACAGGUUCAACAACAACAACAAGUACAACAGGUACAACAACAACAACAAGAACCACAACAAAUCGAUUCACCAGUACAAACAUCCUCUACUCCACCACAAAAUGAACAAAAAGAUGAAUUUGUUGAAGAAUCGCUUAUUUAAACAAAUAAAAAAAAGG